GCAGCCCGGCCCCGCCUCCUCGUCGCUGACCGUUCCGAGUAUUUGGUUCAUUUGGUUUUUUGGGUCGGUGGGUUUCGGUUUUUUCUGCUCUUAGUGGCUUUUCUUCCCCAGCCUCGCGUGGCCUCCGACCUUCCGGACUUUGCCCCAAGAAGGUGGCUCCCACCCCGUGGCCUUCUCUUCUGGCGCGCUGCUUCGGACUACACUGCCCAUCAUCCCUGGCCACAGCCCCAUUGGGUGCUGCCCAACGCCCCCGAGCGGAUCCGGCUCCCUUCACCGCUCCGCACGCGUGGAAAUGCAGCCCGGCCCCUCGCAGGAUGCACCCCAAGUCAGCUUCCGAGCCAAGCCCCUCGCGAGAAAGCCCCACCCGAGACGCGUGGGGAGAGGAGAGGGUUGGAGGCGAAGGCAAGCAAAGCGCGGCUUCCCCGCUGGAGCUGCUUUCCCAAAGCGGCCCCUUCUUGGGUGCCUGUGGGGAGAGUCGGAGCAAAGGGACCGGCCAAUGGGGUGCUGAGCCUGCAGACUUAGCCAUGCAAGCCCACCCACCCACUUCACUGCAAGGCACAGCAUGCGGAGCGGAGCUUGUCUAGUUGCAGAAGAAGCCCCAGAGAAUCUGGGUGGCAAAUGACAGCUCCCCCUCCUCCCCCAUGAGUUUCAAGAUGGGCUAUGGGGCGUGCUGAGGGUGGUGGGGCCCUCUGCCUGCCAGGGGAAAGCCGCAGCUGGGCCAUGGGAGAGUCAGCAGCUGAGAGAAGGGGAGGAAGUUCCCAGCUGGGAAGAUAAGGUUGGCCACUGGAAAAGAUCCACGUUGUUCCCUCGUGCCAGGGAGAGGGCAGCCAAUGGCCAUUCAUGCAAUCCAGAUCACAAAAGGAGGAAGGGCCCAUGAGAGGCUGCAAAGCAAGCAUGGCAAGUUGGCAUGAGAUAUGCCUUGGCACCUGGCAUAUAUCCCUGAGCCACCAAGGCUGCCUUGGAAGCUGGCCACCCAGCUGGCCUCUUCCCUCCUGCGACCUUGGGAGCUGGGCCCAUGUUCCGUGGGCUGACCUUGGGCCCACAAUGCCCAGAGGGGCGCAGCUCUAUAAAGCCACCCUCUGGCCCAAGGACUGGACACUCUGGCCAAGAUGAAGGCUUUGCUCAGCACCCUCCUUCUUCUCCCACUGCUCUUCGCCACCGGCCAGGCCCAGUGCCCGGCCCCCAACGAGCUCAAGAACCCGCACCCCAAUGGCACCAAAGUCUGUGCCCAGAUGUACACGGAUGACAGCCCCUACUAUGACCUCUGCUGCGGCGGGAGCGUCAUGAUGGCCUUGGCGGGUGAAGACCAGCCGUACAUGCCCACGGCUUUCAACAGGAAGAUCUCCUCGCUGGUGGUGGCCCAACGGUGCGAGCUGACCGUCUGGCACAAGAAGGGCAAGGGUGGCAGCACACGGAAAUUCAAAGCCGGAGGCUACCCACGCCUCCAGGAGUUCAAGAGGGGCCUCUUUGGCAACUGGGACAACUCAAUCUCCGCUUACUACUGCAAGUGCAACUGAGUCGGCUUGGCGUGAGUCAAGAAGGGAGCUGCCACCAUCCUGCCCAUCCUUGCUCAGGUGAACCCCAGAGCCCCCCCGCAUCUGAAGGUCCAAAAUGUGCGGAUGCCAUCUCCCCAAAUAUUCUCUUCUGCCCACCUCUCAUAGCAACAGCAGCCGCAGCAGCUCAGCUGAAGAUCUUGGAAGCCCACCGAGAGAUAGAAGAACGGGCAGCCCUGAACCAGCCCGGCCCUCCUAGGAACCGAGCAUCCAAAUAAGCAGAAAAACAACCAGAAAGCGAAUUUUUUUCUCCUGCAGCCCCCAUAACAGCCCAGCCGCGGUGAGGAGGGCCUUUGAUCAGCCAAGGAGCUUCUCCUUCCUCCCCUUUGAGCGAUGCAGGCUUGUCACCUUGCGGAAAGAAAGAUUUGUUCCAGCGGCUGCCUUAAGAUCUUCCACACAGCUCUUUGUUCUCCUCCCUCCCGGCUUCAAAGGCCGCUCUCUUCCCCAGACCCUCUUGAAGCAGAUGGCCCUCCCAUCCCAUCCCAGCCUUUAUGGUGGCGCCUCCGAAACCUCAUUAAAAGCGA